CUGUAGGAAGGCUUUGGAAGACGAUUGGUUGCCAUUUUGACGCUGGCUGUCCGGUGACGCCGCGCUGUGUGAGGGACGGAGCCGUGUAGGCAGCGGUGUUGGAGGCUCCGGGCUGUGCCGGGAUAUCGAGCGGCAGGAAUGGGUCAGGAAUCCUGUAAAUCUACCUGGCCUAAACCAUCAGGUGGCUACCAGACAAUCACAGGGAGGAGAUAUGGGAGAAGACAUGCAUAUAUCAGCUUUCGACCAGCUCUGGAAAGUCCACAUCGAACCUCAGCUUCUCAAGGAAUAGAAAGCGAAGGGCUGGAGUUGGACAGUGUGCAAAUGGAGAAUGAUUUAAUUUCCAAGGGAAGCCUUGACUCGUCACUUAUUAGCCUUGGUAGUGUUUUAAGCGCUGAUUUGAAGGAAGAUGGUAGAACAUUGGAUGCUAAUGGUAGUUUGCCUGUGUUUACUGAAGCUGAGCAAAAUGCUAUUUCCCCUUUUCCAUUGUCAGAGCAUAUACCAAGAUGUCGGACUCAAAGUAAUAUCACUGACUGUGUGGAAAGCCGAAGAAGCUUCAUCAAGCAUGCUUCAGUGGAUCAUCACCACCACUCCCCUCAAAAUGCUAUUUCAUUUGUGAAUAUUGACUCUUUCGAGCCAGACAGCAGUGAAGGGGAGGAUGGUGCUGGCUUAUAUAAUGAUGAUGAUGGAAAUCAGGUCACUGGAAAACACAGAAAAACUGUAAAUUGCAUGCUUCCAGGUUUCCAUAAUGACCCUCAUAGUGUAGUGUCAGACUUUUCUGGCCGAAAUCCUAAAUGCCUAAAAGACAGUUUAUCUCAGGGAAAAUCUGCUUCCUUAGCCGAAUACUCCAAUAUAGACAUGUUCACAACCCCAUGGAGCUUGUCAGCAAGCUCUGUGUCAGAGGAUGAAGCCACCCGAGUUAAUGGCUCGAUUCUGUGCGAUACGCAGCAAAAGCAAGAAGGUCCUGAGCUGGCCAUUAGGAGCAGUGUGUCUGAGUGCAAUGAAAUGAAUACAGGCGGCAAUAAAACUGACCUCACAAAUGAACCCGUUGUUAGACCUAAAAUUCGAAUACAGGUUCCCGCAAGUUCUUCAAAGAAAGACCAGUUGAUGUCAGAAGAAACUAGAAAGGAGGCCAAAAGCUCUAGAAGGGGAAUCCGCGAAACACAAGCUAAGGUAGAAAAGAACAGCAAGGAUGGAAAGACUGUCAGCAUUAAAGAAUCGAACACCGCAAGCUUGGAAGGUGCCCCGGAGAAAGGUGGUAAUAAAGAUUGUAUAACGCCGCAAGACGAGAAGCUGGUGCUGGACGAUACAUUCUGGGAUGACUUUGAAGUCUAUGGGAUGAAGCUUUCUGAUUGCCCAAAGGAUGAUGACAGCUCAUACUGCAGUGAUGGGGAAUGGUCUACGUGUUUACCUUCCUAUUUCUCUCGUGAUAAAGACCAUUCCUCUAGUGAUGAGAGCUGGGAGACUUUGCCUGGAAAAGAAGAGCACGAGGUUCAGAGCAAUAGCAGCAGUAUAGAAGAUGAAAACUCUGAGUUUUGCUUCCAAGUUGAGGAGCAAAAUUCUUUGGAAGAUGGUGAAAUCCCUUGGUUACAGUAUCGUGAGGACAUUGAAAGCAGCACAGAUGAGGAAAAUGAGCUUGGACCCCAUUAUUUGCCUCCUGGAUUUUUUAUUUUGGAUGGGAACAAUAAUUUAGAAGAUGAUUCAAGUAUGAGUGAAGAUUUGGACGUUGAAUGGAGGUUGCUGGAUGACUUUGGAGAUGGUAUUGGUGUAGCUCAAGCGAUGUCUUACAUGGAUUCUCAAUUUCUUACUUAUAUGGCUCUUGAAGAACGACUUGCACAGGCUAUGGAGACUGCUUUGGCACAUUUGGAGUCUCUUACAGUAGAUGUUGAACAAGCCCAUCCGCCAGCUACUAAGGAAAGCAUUGAAUGUCUCCCACAGAUCAUUGUCACGGAUGACCACAACAUGGUAGGUCAAGAGCAGUGCUGUGCUAUAUGCUGUAGCGAGUAUAUCAAAGAUGAGAUAUUAACAGAGCUCCCUUGUCACCACCUCUUCCAUAAACCUUGUGUGACAUUGUGGUUACAAAAAUCUGGAACGUGCCCCGUGUGCCGCCAUGUCCUGGCAUCUCUGCUUCCUGAAGCUGCUGCCACCACUUCCUUCCUAUCGGACCAUGAUAGUCCCCCAUCAAUUCAUAAUGCAGCCGGAACCCGAUAAAAGUCAUACUACCUAAAUGUUCUAGUUGGUCCUUCCUGUAAAUGAGAUUGUAAGAACAUGACACACACUGACCCGCUGAAAGUUGCAAAAUAAAGCCUAAUAUUUAUUAGUUUAGAGCUACUAGAAAACUUUGUAAGCAGCAUUUAUGUAUAUAGCUUUAGUUAUGCAAGGUUGUUGAGUUGUAUUGGGAAGACUGCAAGUAAAGAUAUUAAUUGCUAUUUCUGUUUGUGUUCAGGGCGUUUAGUUUUUGUGGCACGACACAUUUUUGUGUUUUCACAACUGCAGUGCAGUUAGAGCUGAAUGAAGCUACUAAAUCUUAACUUUUAUGUUUACAUCCUUUACACAAGGGGCCACAGACGCUUUGCAAAGCAUUUUGUCCACUGGACCCUCCAAUAGUGAAAAGGUUGCAACUGUGCCACUUUUGUAACUGAUCUCUCAUGUUUGCAUCAAAUGUGAAGAUGUUCUGUCACAAUAACUAUAGUUUAAACAAUUGGUUUCACUGAAAUUAAAGGCAUAUUGAAACAUUUUGGAAUUGUCACU